AUGAAAAUCACGAAAAUUGCUCUAAGUCCAGAAGACACUGUUAACCCACAUAAUGCACACAUGUGGGAGAUGAAUAAUCCUCGUUUCCCAGCAUGGUAUACUCUCUCAUUCCUUGGUUUCUUAGGAAUACUAAACACAUUUGCUAUGUGCUUCAACUUCAAUGUAAUGUUCGGUGCUGUUGUUAAAGCACCAAUGAAUAUGUAUAUUAAUGAGACGGAUGAAAGCUAUUCAAAUUGUCCAGAAAUAAUCAAUAGCACAAACCUGACACACAUCCCUGCAGAAUUCACUUGGGAUGUCGAAACUCAACGAAUUGUCCUGGUAAGUUUUAUCUACGGCUACUGCCUAUCUCAGAUACCAGCAGGAUUGACUUCGGAUAUGUAUGGUGGAAAAUGGCAUUUCGGAAUUUCCGUUCUUGUAGUAGCUUUUGCUAGCUUCCUGAUUCCUUCAGCUGCGAGAAUCAGUAAAGGCUUCUUAAUAUCAGUCAGGAUUAUUCAAGGAAUGGCAGCGGGUGUAAGUAUUCCAUCUAUAAAUACUCUUCUAGCAAAGUGGGUUCCAAAAUUGGAAAGGAGUUCCCAUAAUGCAGUCAUUCUUAAUGGCAUUCCUUUGAGCAAUGUCUACACUUACAUAAUCAUUUCGUUUUUGUUAGAAAGUGAAUUUUUCGGAGGAUGGUCUUCUGUAUUUUAUUUGCAAGGAACAUUAUCUGUUGUGUGGUUCCUGUUCUGGAGUAUAUUAAUAUUUGAAUCUCCCGAAGAUCAUAAAUUUUUGUCUGGAUCAGAAAUCGCUGAACUUCGAAAGUCCCAAGACAGAGAAGACAAGAUUCCAUUAAAUAUUUACGAAGUUCCUUGGAGAACUAUUCUGACAUCAACUAAAAUGUGGGCUCUGAUUAUCGCUUUCAUUGGAUACUGCUGGACUUACACCUCUGUAGUCAUAGAAUUUCCCAUCUAUUUCUCAAAAGUUCUUAAAUAUGAUAUAAUCAAAGAUUCUCUGGAAUCUUCCUUACUUUUUGUGGCAAGUGCAUUUCUUAGUUUCAUUUCCGGCAUCAUAAGUGAUAGUCUAAGAAGUAAAAAUGUUUGCAGUAUAACAAAGAUUCGAAAAACUAUGAACUCGCUUGGAACACUUGUAGCUAUAACAGGAACCUUUGGCAGCAUAUUUGGAUGCAUUGCUAUAGAAUUUAAUAAGCGGAUCCUUCAAACCGGAGUAAGUUAG